AAGGCCUCUCUGGGAAGAAAAGAAAGGGGUCACCAACACCACAAUCUCCUUGAACGGUUCUCUUGGGUUCAGGGGUGCUGUGGCCCUGACUCCCUCUGCCAGGACCCUGCUGCAGGCCUGAGCAUGGGAAAUUCUCACUGUCUUGGUCCAGAUGUCUUCAGUGCAUUUUCUUGGCUUAUUAGCUCCUUUUCACAGCACCCAGCUCACCAGUGAUGCUGGAGAGCAGCUGCCAGGCAGGCAGACUAGAUGCAGAACCUUCUGCUGGGGCGGCAGCAGCUGUGGGCCAGGAGCUGGGCAGAUGUAUGCCAUGCAGGGGGAUCCCUGCUGUCUUCGUCACUGCCCCCUCCUGAGUGGCAGGUUUGCUUUAAAGACCCUGGUUUCCUUUUAUUACUUCCCCUCUCAGAUUGCAGCCGGCUGCAAGGCUAUUUUUAGCAGCCUGCCUUCUAAAAAUAGCUCUGAGCUGUUUGGAGUUGCGUCACAAGAGGUAACUCUCUCCACGAGUGGCUUGGCCUCUGCACCCCAGGAGGAUACAAAAGGAGGCCAGGAGCAGAGGGGUCAGCAGGUUCAGCCACAGCCAGAAGCGAAGGAGGCAGCAGUUCGGGCCUGCCAGCUUCAGGCAUUGCAGCACCAGCAGUAUGACCAUCUUCUGCAGCCACUGCCACCAGCCCCUGCAGGCAGAGAUGAGCUGCCUGCCCAGGAGGGGUAAGCAGGCGCCCAGGGCCUCAAGGCCAUUCAGGUCAACCAAGAGUGCCUCCAAGGCUCGCCGGGACCAGAUCAAUGCAGAGCUGCAGGCAUUGCGUUCCCUGCUGCCCAUCUCCAUGCGGGAGAAGGAGCGGCUCUCCUAUCUCCACACCAUGGCCCUGGUGUGCCUCCGGCUGCGGGGGGCUCAGCUAUUCCCUCCAGGCUCAGCUCUUCCUGUGGAACCGGCCCUCGGCACAGAGCUACUCUCCCUGCUCCCGGGGUUUCUGCUUGUGCUGUCGGCCAGUGGAAAGCUGGUCUACAUCUCGGAGAACGUGGCUCAGGUCCUGGGCCUUUCCGUGGUGGAGCUGCUCGCCCAGGGGGACACGGUCUUUGACAUCCUGGAUGGGCAAGCAUGUGAGGAUGUGUACAAGAAGCUCCUCCUUGCCCAGGAGGAGCCUGGCAGGGAAGUCACUUUUGUCAGUGAAAUGUGCACGUCCAAGGCCUUCCGGUUGAAGCACGGAGGGAAUCGGGUCGUGACAGUGUGUGGGCGCUUUGUGGCCCUGAGCUGGCCACCCUCCCCCUCCACCACAGCCUUCCUGGCCCUCUGCUCACCGGUCAUGCAGUCGCCUGCAGAUGGCGAAGCUGGUUCCCAGGAUGACAUAUUCCAGAGCACGCACAUCCUAGACAUGACGUUUAUUGAUGUCACGGAGAGUGUCACCUACCACCUUGGCUACCGCAGGGAGGAGCUAGUCGGUCAGUCCUGGUACAGCCUCCUGCACCCUGAGGAUGCUGAUCUGGCAGCUGCCCAACACAGGGCCGUGGCGCUCGGGGCCGGCGCCGGGCCCGCCUCGGGGACCGCGGUGCUGCGGGUGCUGCGCCGGGACCGCGCCUGGGCCUGGCUGCGAGUGUGGGCGAGGCGGGACGGCGGGGGCCGCUGCAUCUCCUGCACCUGCACCUGCCUCAGGGAAGAGGAGGCGGCCCACCUGCGCUCCCGGCAGCCCCGCGGCGCCGCCCCGCCGGCGGGCCCGGAGCUCAGCCGUCUCGCCGCGCAGCUCCGCGCCCUCGCCGACCGCCUCUCGCCGACCGCCUCUGCCCCGCCCGCGCCAAGACCUCCGCCCCUUCCCGAGGAAGGCGAUGCCGAUGCCUCUGACUGUCCUGGGAACUCUCUACUGAACCCUCCCCAGUUCCUCCCCUCUCCUUUUAACUGGGGAGCGGUGAGAAAAUUGGAUGCAACAUUCCAAGUGUGCCCUCACAGGUCUCAAGUCUACAGAGACACUGACAUCCCUUGGUGUGCUGACUGUAUCUCUCCUAAUGCAGGCCACUGUGUGUAACUCCGUCUCCGUUCAGACAGUCACUGCUAAGACCUUCAGCUGACGCAAUUCAAGGCGAUGGCAAACCCUCAUUUUACACAGUUGGUGCUCGUGUUAGAAACCUUGGUCAGGCUGUGAUACAAUCCAGCAUCAAGAUGACUCAGUUCGGCAGUGCAGAGGGAUCUCGAUCUUGCACUUUACCACUUAUUGACGAAUUAGCUGGAUAUCACCAGAGUGCGUACGUGACCUGUUCCUCACAAAGGAACGAUUUUUGCUUAAAAAUGACGCCAAUAAAACCCGCUCCCCCACGUGA